AUGGCGUCACAGCCAUCGCUUGACACCAUUCGAGAGGUAUUGGCUGCAGCAGUCAAGUCGCCCAACCCACCAAACCUCGUGCCCGUCUUCUCCUCGAUACCCGCCGAGUUCUUGACCCCGUCAAGCAUAUACCUGAAGAUAUCCGCAAAAUCCAAGUCAAGACUAUCCUUCCUAUUCGAGAGUGCUGCGACAACCGAGACCAUAGGACGGUAUAGCUUCAUUGGCGCAGACCCUCGCAAAGUCAUCAAGACCGGCCCGGGCCAUGGCGAAGAAACCGAUCCACUACCCCUCCUCGAAAAGGAACUCGCAAAGAGCCGCGUCGCGACCGUACCCUCGAUACAACUACCUCCUAUGACCGGCGGCGCGGUGGGAUACGUUGGCUAUGAUUGCGUCAAAUACUUCGAGCCCAAGACACGGCGAGAUGACAUGAAGGAUGUGCUGGGUGUACCAGAGAGCUUCUUCAUGCUCUUCGAUACCCUGGUGGCUCUGGACCAUUUCGCGCAGGUCGUAAAGGUCAUAACGUACGUCAAGGUCCCAGACAGCAUGGACGACCUAGAACAAGCGUACGAGGAAGCGAAGAGUACACUAAAGAGGUAUAUGACGAUACUCAAGGACAAGGACAUCCCGCUACCGGAACAAGGGCCUAUACAGCUAGGCCAUCAGUACACAUCGAACAUUGGCCAGGAGGGGUACGAGAACCACGUCAAGACACUGAAGAAGCACAUUGGUGUUGGCGACAUCAUCCAGGCAGUACCUUCGCAACGGUUUGCAAGACCGACCUCAUUGCACCCCUUCAACGUGUACCGGAACCUCCGCAACGUCAACCCCUCACCGUACCUCUUCUUCGUCGACUGUGACGAUUUUCAGAUAGUGGGGGCAAGUCCCGAGCUGCUGGUAAAAGAGGAGCAGGGUCGCAUCAUCACGCACCCCAUUGCCGGCACAGUGAAGCGGGGCAAGACACUGCAAGAAGACGCAGCACUCGCAGACGAAUUGUCCAACUCGCUCAAGGACCGGGCCGAACAUCACCUGGUCUCGGAGGUGUCCGGGGUGCUGCGACCUGGCAAGACACGAUUCGACGCGUUCCGCUCUAUCUUCCCAGCUGGCACGGUGAGCGGUGCGCCCAAGGUCCGUGCUAUGGAGCUCAUUGCUGAGCUGGAGCGGGAAAAACGCGGUGUAUAUGCUGGCGCGGUGGGAUACUUUGGCUACGGCAGUAUUGAUGGCGACAAGGAGAUUGAAGGUGCCAUGGACACAUGCAUUGCGCUAAGGACCAUGCUUGUCAAAGAUGGCAUCGCGUAUCUCCAAGCAGGGGGCGGCAUAGUUUUCGACUCGGACCCCUACGAUGAGUGGAUGGAGACGAUCAAUAAGUUGGCUGAAGAGAAGCAUCUGGCCGAGCAGCAGGAGGCGGGCGAAGGGGACAGAGACGGGUCGGCGCCGAAGCUGGAGGGCGAUGCAGAGGCGCGGAUUACUCUUGCGGCUUGA